AUGCUCGAAGGGGUUAACCUUGUCGAUAAAGGGGUAAAAUCAUAUAUUAGUGGGCCUAAAGUUCCACUAGGGAUAAGGUUGGUUCCUCAUCAUGAGGAUGAUUGUAGGUGGUAUCCAUGGGUUAUGAAGGAGGUAUUUCGGGCAUAUGCUUAUGGGCUUCAAAGGCUGGAAGUUCUAGAGAGGGAGUGUACUACUAUGGAAAAUCACAUAAGAGAGUUAAGGAAUUCUCUCGAGAGGUUGAUUGAAGAAGGUAGCACGUGUAAUGCUACUCGGAUCGAGUGGAAGGACGUCGGUGAUAAGGGUUAUGGCUUGAUCGAGAGAUGA